UAUUAUAGGAUGUUUGGCUAAAAAGACUUUUCCCAGCUGCAGUCAGACUGUUUCGCUCAUCUCUCGGAGCUCGCCUUCAUUAUCCUGGGGGAAUAUUUUCAGUGUCAGCCGUGCGGCUCAUUUCGGACAGUGACGAGCCGCAGUUCGGAUCAUGGGAGAUGCUCAGUCUGCGCAGCGGGAGAGGAAUGAGGAUGCAGCGGCUGAGGAGGAGAGCGCAAAAGUGGACGAUGCUCCUGCAGAGCACAACACUGAGGAUAAGCCUCUCAUAAUCUCGGAGAUCAAUGAAAAGGCAGACAGCAUUAUCGCAGAAGCUAAUGGGCACUGUGAAGAGGAGAUGACUGCAGAGGACAAAGACAUUUCAGGAAUAGCAGAGCAAAUUAAGGAUGAAGAAACACCAUUAGAAAGUGUUGACAUAAAUGAAAAGGAAACACCUAAUGAAGCUGACGCUGAUAAAGAAGAAGAAGAAGAACCCCUGGAAAUUAUUGAAAUGGAUGCAAAGCAGAAUGACAUCAACGACAGUUUUCGAAGGUUUUUCAGUAACAUUAGUUUGAAACUGAGUGUGAAGAGAGGUUCGGUCGACAAAGACCAGAGAGCAACAGAUGUGUCUGACGAAACUAAUGAGAAUGAAUCAAACAGACAAGAAGAUAUCAAGGAGACUGUAAAAGAAGCCGAAUGCAAUCAAGAUGAGCAGAGUAUUGAUCUGAACGCACAGGGAACUUAUGAUAACGAUUCAACAACAUGCCCCACCCUGACAGAUGUUACAUCCGAGGACAUUCCAGAAAAUAUACAGGAGAAAACAUCAGAGACCAAAGAGGAAGCUGAAUCAGACAAUGUCGCUACAGCAACAACAUCACCUGUAGCUGAAGAUGAAAUGGUUCAACGGGAUGCUAUGUUUGAAGAUCUAAAUCCAGCAUCUACAUCUAGUCCUGAGACAGAGGAGGUUGUGUCGCCAGUUAAAAGGUUUUUUACAACCGGAAUAUUUUCUGGACUACGGAAGAAAAAGACGUCCAUAGAAGAUGAGACAAUUGAGAGAGAACUGGUGGAAAUGGGCAACGAAAUGGCACAGACAAAAGAAAAAAGUGAAGACAUACAACAGGAUAAUGAGAUAAGUCCUCUAGACAUUGAGGCAACUACAGUCCAGACAGAAAAUAUAGAAAAGGACCAAACAGAGGAAAAUCUCUGCGCAGCAUCAGGUCAAAUGAUGGAUGAAGCAGAAUCACCUACCACAGCAACGGUUACUGCCAAUGAGCCUGAAAACACAAGCUCUCAAGACAAAGUUCAAGACAGUCCUUUGAAAUGGCUACUAUCGGGGUCUAGUUUUAGAAAAACUUCCAAAAAACAGAGAGGUAGGAAAUCAAGUCAUGAAAAGCUCGCAGAAUCUGGAGAACACUCAGAUCAGCUCAAGAAAGCUGCCAAAUCGGCUGAGAUGCCGAAAGAAGAGAGUCCAACGCAAAACUCAGAGACAGCAGGUGAGGAGGAUGGAGCAUGGGCCUCUUUCAAAAAACUUCUUACUCCAAAAAAGCAUAUGAAGAGGUCCUCGUUGACAAAUGAAGAGGCACAAAUUGCAGGCACAGUUGGAGAAGCAAAACCAAGUGAAGGAGACCAAAUGUCAGAUAACAGCACAGAAGAAGGCAAAAAAAGAAAGGAUUCCUCUGUGUCAUGGGAAGCUGUUUUGUGUGGAUCAGGAAAGAAAAGCAGAAGCAGAAAAACAUCAGACUCUGAGGAUGAAACACCUGAAACUGAAGAUGUCAACAAAAAGGAGACGUCGCCACUGGAGAGUUCUAGUGAGGCUGAUGAAAGAGCCAUUUCCCCCAAACAAGCAGGAAGUCCUUCAGAGGGUGAAGGAGGAUCAACGUGGAAAUCCUUUAAAAAACUUGUCACCCCAAAAAGGAAAGCCAAGGAUGAGGAGGAAAGCAAAGACAAUAUACAGUCUGAUAGCGAAGGUACACAGGACGAGCCAUCCUUUUCAAUCAAGAAAUUUCUCCCAGGUCGAAAAAAGAAGAAGACUGCUGAAAACCAAGACCAAGUAUCUUCAGAUGAGGCUGAGAAGGGGGUAGCUUCAGGUGAUGAAGAUUCUGAGACACCAGCUGUGGUUCCGUUGUCUGAGUUUGAUACAACUGAAACAGAGGUUCACAUUGAAACACAGGCUGAUGUAGAAAGCCCUGUACCCAAAGAAGCAGAUUAUGAACUGGAGCAAGAUCUCCUUGAUCAGAUCGCUAAACCAGUCCUACCUUCUGACAGUCUUCCAACUGACACAACGGAAAUCCAAGCCAAUGGGGACAAUUUAAAGCAUGAGCCACCUGCAGCCCCUGCUUCACAUGAAGAAGCAGAGGACCUUACAGAAUCAUUCAGUAACCAUCAUCAACUCAGUGAUAUUCCAGAGGAAGGUAUAAUUACAGAUACCAUUGCCACUCAAGCUUCAAUUGCUGAAGAGGCCGCUAGAGAUGACACUAUAAUGGAGGAUCUGAUAGAGAUCACAUCUGAGGCCAUAACUGCGCCCGAGCCCAUAGAUGAAACCGAGAUGAUCUCUGCAGUUUCCCAGCUAUCAGAGUCUUCAAACACAUCUGGCAACAUAACACCAGUCCCAGUAGAAUAUGAUAUCAGACAUACAGAGGCACUCUUAGAGCAGGUUGUGGAAACCAUCUCCAUAAGCCCGGAAGCAGAGCCAGUGUGUUCAGAAGAGAUAAACUCAGAAAGAAUACUUGAAACAUUUGUGAAAAGAGAGUCUGCAAUUUUGGAAACACAUAGGAGAUCAGAUGCAACAUCUAUUGUCACAAGUCUAAAUGCAGACGAAAUGGACAUUAUUGAACACUCAGCAACAGCCCAUGCGGAGAGCAUAUCUGAAAUCAAUGAAUCUCUUUCCAGAGACAUUGUGUCCGAAGCUCCUACCGAAGAGUUUGUCACUGCUGAAAUUGCUGUUGAUGAAGGUCACGAGGUCAGCAUUAAAAAACCAGCAUAUACUGGUGAGAGCCAGCCUUUGGUGGAAAGGCAAUGUGAGAUAAAUGAAGCUGCAUCUAUGGAAACGUUACCUGAAGUUGAAUCGAUUGUUGCAGAUGAAGGUUGUCUUGUAGGGACUCAUCAAGAUGAAAAAGAGCCCCUGGAAAUUGACUCCCAAGAAGCAGAAUCAGCCGCUAUAACAGCAGAAGAAAGUGAAGAUGGAACUGCAGGGCAGGAAGAACAAACUCCAACACACAAGGAAGAGCAAAUCUUACCCCAUAUCACAGACCAAGUUAAAGUUGACAAUAAAGAUCAACCACAAGUGGAGGAGGAGGAAUUACAAGCAUUACAAGCCGUGCAAGAUGCCACAUCAGGUUCAGAGGAGGGUAGUGACCAAUUGCUUGAAAAAGUAGUAUUAUCUGAGGAUUGCACAGCAGAAGGAACUACUGCCAAUGAACCAAAAGAGGAAACCAUGGCUCUAACUGAAUAUAAUGUUGAAGCCAAGACAGAAAAGAACCGGAGUUACUAG